GUGGUCGAAAGUAUGUUAUCCAGCCUACGCGCCAUUCUCGAGCAGGCCAAGGCCUAUCCGGAUUGGACACCUUGGGACCUAGAGGACCACACAGGGUACUUACCAGAUCGGCUGGCUCCUUUCAGCCGAUUCUGCUGGUCGCUGCUAUCCACGAACGAGCACGUUCUGAAAUGCUUUAUCGAGAAGCAGGGGCUGUCUCUGGUUCGAGAUAUUCAACAGUUGCCGUGCCUCCCAUAUUUCUUUACAUCGCUCGAAGGUCAGCAGCAUCCAGUCGCCAGCCUCUUCAACCUGCAGGCAAAGUGCGAAGAUGGCGGUGCGGCGGUGGGAGCAGAGCUGAAAGAAAUGCUGUCCACCAACCUGGAGAAGGUGUUGCCAAUCUUGAAGGAAUGCGCGGCUGGUGAUCCCCAUGCGGUGAUGUCAUCCAUGGAAACUUCGCAAGUCCUCGCCUUCCUCCAAGCUCUUAGCAGAGUCUGCUCAGUGCUCGAGGACCUCCUGUCCAUCGCACGCGAAGGCAGCUCCUUGCAGGUCAUGGAGGCCGUUCGACAGUUCCUGGCGGAGCUGGCACCCUUGGCGGCGCUCAUCUUCGUCGUUGCAGCCUGGCAACCGCACGACCGAGAGCGCAUGCCUCCCACCGCAUGUUACCAUGAGAGCACCAAGCAAGUCUUCACACCAAGCUCCAAAGAAGAUGCGGCUGGCAGCGCAUCUGUGCAAGGCGGAGGCGGAGGCGAAUCACCCAUUCUGCGGGCGGCUCGGGUCGGCUUUCGGCUGACUUGCAGGACUUUGCGUCAGCUGAUGCAGCUGUCGUCCAAACUCCAGACAAGAGUGCGACGAGAAGCAUCUGCUGUUGUCCCAUUCACGAUGGCGCGAUGUUUAGCACAGGUGGCAAAGGCUGUUCUGGUCGCCCCGCGGCCGCCCAGCUCGUCUGUAGCCUUGCGAUGGGUUGCCGAGGUCUUUGACUUGCUGCAGAAGAUGCAUGAGGAACAGAACAAAGUGGCGCUUCGAAGCUUGGCGCUCUGUGCCUUCUACCAGGCUGGUUGCUUCGAGAUGCUGCAGCCCCUGAUUCAGAUGUCCUUGGAGAAGAUCGGUGAUAGCAAGGAGGACCUUGCGGCUGGCACAGCUUUGUCUGCGGCCCUGGGCUACUUCGAGAAAGUAACCUCCACUCGAAGGUUUGCCAAUGCAUACCUAAGAGACGAGGCAAUGAUGUCCAAGGAGAUGCUCUGCAAAUCCAUCCAGGCAGAGGCUCUGCGGUGCCUGCUGCCCGUCUGGCGCCAUCCUCAAUUCGCGAAUUUCCCGCGGUCCAGCUGCUGCUCCCUUCUCAAGGUGUGGCUACAUUUGCUCCAAGAGCCGAAAAGCGAGCCCCGCACACCGGAUUGGCACCGGCUGUCCAGCAUUCCCGCCCUUCCGAACAUCGCCGGGAUGCAGCACGUGCAGCAUGUACAGCAGGAGAUGGUCAGAACAGCGGAUGGCAACAGUGUGCCAGACGCUGCGGCCAGCCUAAUGGCCAACGAUCCAGCCAUCAUCGCUGUCAGUGGCACCAGUGUCCCCACCGCCGGAACAGCCGCAACGCCCAACACUCCCGCCAGAGCCCCCACUGGCACAUCUGACGUUACCAACAUCCAGGGUACUCUCGUGGACAUGGGCUUUUCAAGAACGCAGGUGGACGCCGCGCAGCGUCACUUCGGAUCCCGAGGCACAGAAGACAUAAGCGAGAUGAUCGUUUGGAUGGUUGCGAACCCAACGGUCGACGGCGAGGUUUCGGAGACGCUGCGGCAGCCGGUGGUUCAGGAGGAGUUCCAGACCCUGCUGGCAGGCUUGCUGGAUGAUUUGCUCCCGCGGCUCUUGGCCUGCGGACACCAGGUGCAGAAGGCUCUGAAUGCGGUCGUGGACACCAUUUGUUAUGUCGCAGAAAACCCAUCGCCCUUCUGGGAGCGUCAUGCCGACAAAUUCCGUUGCCCACAGGCUGUCAUUCGUGCCUGCGUUGCCGAAUUGGGAGAUGCAGAUGCGCAGCCAAGUUCUGAGACGCUCAUCUGCGUGACGCAGGCAGUGACACAGUGCUGGCUAAACUCUGCCGUGCUGCAGACGCUGGGCUCAGAGUCCGACCUGUCAGGUUUCUCAGGAACUGAGAACUGGUUCGAGUCCUUCCAGGGAGAGGCCUGGUUAGAUCCUCAGGACCAGGAGAUCCAGGAGACCAAGUCCACGUCCAGGGGUGCCAAGGGUCAGUUGGAGUUUCAAGAUCUCUUCGUCCCAGUGGUGGUUCUGAUUCCGAGCACGCUUCUCUACCCGAUCCAUGUUGCAGCCCAGAAGGGCGAGUGUGAGGUGGUGCGCAUGCUCAUAGCAGCAGGAGCCGACCCAUCUCAGCGCACUUCUCGUGGGCGCACUGCUGUCGAUUUCGCCGUGAAGUCGAAGUCGCCGCACACUCGCCAACUGCUGGAGCUGCUGCGCAGCCAGGGUCGUGUUCUGUGCCUUCGAGAUGCUGUGAACAUGAUGCAGAACCUCAACAAGUAA